GUUGUUGGAGGAGCUGGGGGUGAAUUUCGAACAUAUCCGGACCAAGGUAUGUAUUUACGUCCUGCUCUUGACCAUUCGCUUCGUUGUCAUUUCCGGGUUCUGUUUCGAGAGAGCAAGCAAGCAAUCGAACGAAAAGAAAAACAACAACUGAUGUCGAAUGGUAGACCUUGACCGUGCUCAACCCCUUCGCGCGCAUCGACCAACAUCUCAUGGACGACAGCGACCUCUACGGCGCCCUCCUCUACAUCGUCCUCUACGGCACCUUUCUGCUUUUCUCCGGAAAGGUCUUCUACGGCUACAUCUACGGCGUCGCCGUCUUUGGUACCGUCGCCCUGCAUCUAAUCCUCAGCCUCAUGUCUCCAGCCCUCGACACCGCCGCUUCAGCAUCAUCAUCAUUAUCUUCUUCUUCCUCUCCUCCUUCUUCUGCAGCUACCGCAGCCGCCGCCGCAGGCCUGGCCUCUACCUCCUCCCCAAACGCCGCAGACCCCAACAACUACGACCCGCACCACAAACCCUCCUCCGGCGCCCCCGGGUCCUCCCUGGCCGGCCACUUCUCCGCAACCCUGACGUUCCCGCGCUCCGCAAGCGUGCUCGGGUACUGCUUUCUGCCUCUCGUGUUGACCAGUCUCCUCGGCAUCUUGGUCCCCAUGGAUACCCUGUUCGGAUACCUGCUUACGACUGCGGCCGUGGGGUGGUGCACGUAUUCGUCCUCGGGGAUGUUCUGUGCCGUGGCGCGCAUGAGCGGCAUGAGAGGGCUCGUGGCUUACCCGCUGGCCUUGUUUUAUGUGGUUUUUGGCAUUAUGGGGAUUUUUUCAUCUAGGGGGAGUGGAGGCUUGGGCAGUUAAAACGGGUUGCAAUUUUUCUUUCUUUCUUUCUUUCCCUCCUCUCUGAUGGGUUGAUGUGUAUGGGGAAGUGUACUACUUACUUAGGUAUCAUAUCAUCUGGAUGAUGUGAUGAGUCGCGACAGGAAUUAGGUAGGUUGAUAUAUGAAUCAUCACGCAUUUCUUUUUUUU